UGCCUGCCAGCCCGAGUCACGCGCAACUACAGGUCCCAGCACGCCCCGCGAGGCCUUGAUCAGCCGCUGUUCUCAGGGAAGGGAGUGGGGCGAACAUGGCUGAAGACAGCCGAGGCGACUCAGCGUGCGGUGGGAUGGAUGGCAGGCAGGAUCCGGUCCCCAGCAGUGGCGGCUUCAACUUUCCAGAGUACGAGCUUCCUGAGCUAAACACGCACGCUUUCCAUGUGGCCGCCUUCGGGGAGCUGUGGCGUGGCCGGCUGCGCGGGGAAGGGGACCUGUCGCUGAAGGAGCCGCCGGCACCGGCGCUGCCCGGGGCCGGAGGAGUCAGCGACUCCGGCAGCGAGGAUGCCGCCGUGGCCCGCGAUCUGGGCUGCAGCCUGGAAACGGCAGCCGAGCUGAGGGCGGUGUGCGGCCUUGAUAAACUGAAGUGCCUUGAGGAAGGGGAGGAUCCAGAAGUCAUCCCAGAAAAUACUGACCUAGUGACUUUGGGGGUUAGAAAGAGGCUUCUGAAACACCGGGAAGAAACCUUAACGAUAGAUCGAGCCUGCAGACAAGAAACAUUUGCUUAUGAGAUGGAGUCACAUGCUAUUGGGAAAAAGCCUGAAAAUUCAGCAGACAUGAUUGAAGAAGGAGAGCUUAUCCUAUCUGUAAAUAUCUUUUACCCUGUGAUUUUUCAUAAGCACAAAGAACAUAAGCCCUACCAAACAGUGCUGGUAUUGGGCAGUCAAAAGCUCACGGAACUGAGGGAUUCCAUUUGCUGUGUCAGUGACCUCCAGAUUGGUGGGGAAUUCAGCAACGCUCCUGACCAGGCUCCUGAGAACAUCAGCAAG